CCCCUCUACAAUCUUUGGCAGAAGAGUUCCCCUGCCCCUUGACAUCCCCUUACUGAUCCAAUGCCCCUCCACGUUCACCAAGAGCGUCUUCGCCAGGUUGCUAGCGCAUCCUCUUGCACUCCCGUGAGGACUUUCUCCGAAAGACGGACAACUAUAUAAGCGAGAUCGACUGAGUUUGAAACACGUUAGACGAAAUCGUACGGGUAAGACGAACGGGUCAUCUUGUCGACGCGUUGUUGUUGUUUACUACACGCUUCGACGAGUCUCCACGUUCUUCGAGUCCGUCGUUACGAUUAAGUUCUCUUUCUUUCUCGCACGAGUGAACACGUGUCCGACACGCGACAAAUACGUAUCGUGAGAAGAACGAUCGCGUGCACGCGAAUCGGCAUAGUUUUGCCGAUUUUCUCUUCAUAGAUCUAAUCAUUGAUCUUACUCAUCGACAUGAGGUCUGCUAAAAACUGGCCACCCCUCUUGGUGGCUACCCUCAUAGCCACGGCUGCAGUUUUUACAUCUGUUUGCGCCGAAGCUCCACUCACUGGUAGUUAUCUGCCUCCGUCUACUAGUUAUGGAACACCCAAUCUAGGUGGUGGAGGUGGUGGCGGACCAUCGUCGAGCUACGGAGCACCAAGCGGAGGAGGCGGAUGUGGUUUCGGUGGUUGCGGCGGCGGUGGUGGAGGAGGUGGUACGCCUUCCAGUAGUUACGGGGCUCCUAGUUCCGGCGGAUUUGGAGGUGGUGGUGGUGGAGCACCAUCUUCGAGUUAUGGAGCACCGUCGCGAGGUGGUGGCGGCGGUGGAGGUUAUUCCGGAGGUGGUGGCGGCGGCGGAGGCUAUUCAGGUGGAGGAGGUGGAGUAUCGAGCACUUAUGGAGCACCUUCGGGAGGAAGGCCUUCCUCGAGCUAUGGAGCACCCUCGAGCGGUGGAUUCGGUGGUGGUUUCGGUGGUGGUUUCGGUGGUGGUGCUGGUGGAAAUGGUGGAUACUCAGGAGGUGGUGGUAGGCCAUCUUCGAGCUACGGAGCACCAUCGAACGGAGGAGGUGGAAGACCGUCUUCCUCUUACGGGGCACCGUCCUUCGGAGGUGGUAACGGUGGUGGCGGCGGCGGCGGCUACUCAGGUGGCGGUGGUUUCGGCGGUGGCGGAUUCUCCGGUGGAGCACCCUCUUCCAGUUAUGGUGCACCCUCUUCUAGUUACGGCGCACCCUCGCGUGGUGGAGGUGGUGGUGGUGGUGGUGGUGGAUACUCCGGCGGUGGAGGCGGAGGUCCAUCAUCGAGCUAUGGAGCACCUUCCUUCGGAGGUGGCAACGGAGGUGGUUUCGGUGGCGGAUCCGGUGGUUAUUCCAAUGGUGGUGGCGGCGGGGGCGGUAGGCCCUCAUCGAGUUACGGCGCACCCAGCUUUGGAAGUGGCGGUUCUGGCGGUGGUCAGAGUUACGCUAGCAACGGUGGUUACCAAUAUUAAUCACGCUAUGUGUUCGUCCCGCGAGAUACGACCUUCGACCUCGUAUCACUUUCAUGAGUUUUAUAAAAGUAAUGGAUACCUAGGAAAACUCUACACAAUGACAGACAAAAUAUUGACCAGCCAUGAAGCGAAGGGUUGCGAAAUUGGACGUCGAGAUCUCGCGGAUAUCCAAUCAAAGUCAGCAAAAGAGGAUUUCAACGAUUCGUACUCUUUUCCAAAAGUUUUUAAUAACCAUGCAGUUUCCUAUUCUCGACAAUCUAGAGAUUGAAUUUGAAUAUUCAUAGACAGAGAUGAAAAA